UCUGUUUUCUUCUUAGGUGUUUUAGGGAAUGAGUUUAGUAUAUUAAGAUCACCAGGGUCCGUUGUCUUCCGAAAUGGAAAUUGGCCUAUACCAGGAGAGCGAGUCCCAGAUGUGGCUGCACUGUCCAUGGGCUUCUCUGUGAAAGAAGACCUUUCUUGGCCAGGACUCGCAGUGGGUAACUUAUUCCAUCGGCCCAGGGCCACCGUCAUGGUGCUGGUGAAGGGAGUUGACAAGCUGGCUCUCCCUCCAGGCAGUGUCGUCUCGUAUCCUUUAGAGAAUGCAGUUCCUUUUAGUCUCGACAGCGUUGCAAAUUCCAUUCACUCCUUAUUUUCUGAAGAAACUCCUGUAGUUUUGCAGUUGGCUCCCAGUGAGGAAAGAGUGUAUAUGGUGGGGAAGGCAAAUUCAGUUUUUGAAGAUCUUUCAGUCACAUUACGGCAGCUGCAUAAUCGCCUGUUUCAAGAAAACUCCGUUCUCAAUUCACUUCCCCUCAAUUCUCUGAGUAGGAACAAUGAAGUUGACCUCCUCUUCCUUUCUGAACUGCAAGUGCUCCAUGACAUUUCAAGUUUGUUGUCUCGUCACAAGCAUCUGGCCAAGGACCAUUCUCCUGAUUUAUAUUCUCUGGAGCUGGCAGGUUUAGAUGAAAUUGGGAAACGUUAUGGGGAAGACUCCGAACAAUUCAGAGAUGCUUCUAGGAUCCUCGUUGAUGCUUUGCAAAAGUUUGCAGAUGACAUGUACAAUAUUUAUGGUGGAAAUGCAGUGGUGGAAUUAGUGACUGUCAAAUCGUUUGACACAUCUCUUGUGAGGAAGACAAGGACUAUCCUAGAGACAAAACCGGAGAACACUGCAAGUCCCUUUAACCUUGCAUACAAGUAUAAUUUUGAGUACGCAGUGGUUUUCAACAUGAUACUUUGGAUAAUGAUUGCAUUGGCCUUGGCUGUGAUUAUCACCUCUUACAACAUUUGGAAUAUGGAUCCUGGCUACGAUAGCAUCAUUUACAGGAUGACAAACCAGAAGAUUCGCAUGGACUGAGCUUUCCUCAUGCCAGACUUAGACAAGGGGUUUGGACAUGAACUGUUAUUAAAAUAUACCUUUUAGUGUAGUUUAAAAUAGUACACUUUUAUCGCUUCUCGGCCUUUUGGCUAAGAUCAAGUAUAAAAUAGUACACUUUAAAAAAAAAACAGCAACUUUUGUUCUGUAUUUUGUGUGUACUUGUGAUUUUUUUAGAGUAUUGAUAUGAAUCAAAAUAUGUGAUAUAGACUCAUAAUAUGCUUGAGUAUUAUGAUAUAGCUAUUUAAUAACAUGAUUUCAUUCCAUUUAGUAAAUUUGGAAAGAUGCACUGAAAGAAAUGUAAAACAGAGUAGCGUGUGUUAUCUAUGUUGGAAAAAAUGCACUGAACUUAUUAGAGAAACUUACAAAUGCUUGCUUGUAUAGAACAAAUGAAAAUCCUAUUUGGGCUGUUACAUACUAUGAAUUAUUUGUAAAUGUAUUAAUUAUGUAAAUAUCUCUGAAAUGAGAGACAUUUUCUUAGUGCAGCCCUAAAAUACUAGAUGUGCUUAAACAGUCACUUAGUUUUGAACUGUGUCUGAUUGACAGUGUGGCUAUUUUUAACUUCUGCUUCAAGUUUGGUGAUUCGUGUGUCUAGUACGGACAUUAAAAAUGCUACAGUGAUUCUAAGAAGAGACUGACUCCAUGGCAUGUAGAUGCUCGUAAUUAGAUAUGAAAAACAAGUCUUAGGGGGACAUCUCAAGGCAUGAAUCUAAAAUAUUUUUACUUCAGUAACUUUUCCCCCUGUGAAGUUACUGUGGUCUGUGGUACAACUUUAUUCUGUAAAAUAUUAGGUGGAAGUGGAUGAUUUGUACUUUUCUCGUGGAAGUGGACCAAUGUCUAUAAAGAGUCACAAAUAAAAUUAAUGAUUA